ACAAAGAGCAAAACUUUUGGAUUUUAUUUAGUUAAAUUUUGAAGAUCUCUUUUGCCAAGGUGAUGAGCAACCACAUUUUUGGCCCUUAAUUUUAAAGGAAGAUUUGUGAAUGGGAGACAUGGAAACAGCUUGCACGUUCUCCUCAUAUCUUACUCUCUCUCAUUUUUAUAUUUUUAUUUAUUUUGAAAUAAAAUUUUUAUUUUAAAAAAAGGGCAACUCAACUCAUAUAUCUCAAUCUUUCUUCUUGACAAUAUGUUGUCUCACUUCCCAAGGAAUAAAAAAAUAUCCCCCUAAUUUCCUCUCUUGUGAACUUCCAUAAAUACUCACAAACUUGAUGCCCUAAAAACCCCUCUUCCCUCUUAUUUGUCACUUCUUCCGAUUUUUACUAUUUCCAACUUCCACUGUAAACCUCUUCCUAGAGGAGAUUACCCAAUAAUUCUUAUUGUUUUCUUGCUUGUCAUCAUGGGUUAUGGAAAGCCAGCAUGGUUGGAAGCACUAUACAGUGAAACCUUCUUUGUGAAUUGUCCAGUUCAUGAGACAGCAAAGAAGAAUGAGAAGAACGUAUUAUGCUUAGAUUGUUGCACCAGUCUAUGCCCUCAUUGCCUCACCACACACCGCCUUCAUCGCCUUAUUCAAAUUCGCCGUUAUGUUUACCAUGAUGUUAUUAGGAUGGAAGACCUUGAGAAGGUUAUUGAUUGUUCUAAUGUUCAGGCUUACACUAUAAAUAGCGCCAAGGUGAUAUUUAUCAAGAAAAGGCCUCAAAAUAGGCAAUUCAAAGGAGCUGGAAAUUAUUGCACUUCUUGUGAUAGAAGUCUCCAAGAACCUUAUAUUCAUUGCUCUCUAGGGUGCAAGGUGGACUUUGUGUUGACACAUAAUAGAGACCUUAAACCAUACUUAAGGGUAUGCAAAGUGUUACAAUUAAGUCCGGACUUCUUAUACCCUCAAGACAUGGGAGAUGAUGAAAUGACGAAUGAAACCCCCAACUCCACCAUUGUCGAUUGCGGGGACGAGCCAAUGAGUUCGUACUGCGGCGGCUCAUCGGACUCCGAGAACAUGAGCGUGGCAUGCACGGCUACCGAUAUCGUCCGGAAGAAGAGAAGUGGUUUAUAUGUUUGUGGAAGAUCAAUUAAUAAGGUUUCUGACGAAGACAUGGCUACAAGCAUGAGUAGACGAAAAGGAAUUCCUCAUAGGUCUCCUUUAUGUUAAAAUUUAACUUAAUUACCAAAAAAAAUAUCACGAAAAUAAAACAAGUCCUCAAAUUAUUAAUCUCUCUAUUUUUUAUUUAUUUGUAGGAGUAUUUAGUUUUAUUUCUUUUAUUCCCUACCCCCUUUUCUGUUAAGAUUUGUUGUGCUUAUUAUUGAGAUUAAUUGUUAUAUAUUGGACUAACAAGUUCAUAUUUGA